GCUAAUCGAAAUCAUCACCAAUACAAUUGAAUUCAUCCACAGCAUCAGUGAACAUCCGGAUUAAUCUUUGUCUUUGCCUGAAAGCACCUCGCUUCCAUCACAUUCCAUCCACAUCUAAACCUAUUCGAUUUUCUGUCCUCUACCAAACUCACGUCAAGCCGGAUUCAAGAGAAUGAAGGCUUACCUGGCCAUAGCUUUGUUGGCCAGCGUGGCUAGCGUUCUCAGUGAGCCCACUUCUUACCAAUCAAACGGAGUAGGCGGUGCAGGAGGUGGAAUCCAGCCUUUGCAUCCUUUGGAAGGGGCUGAGUUUGCUCACGCCAGCGAAACUCCCUCAGAGAGUCCCCAUCUCGGUCGCUACAGACGCUACGGAAGUCGCUAUGGAGGUCAUCGAGGCGGAGGAGGCGGAGGUUACCGGGGCGGAUAUUCUCGCUACAGUAAAGGAGGACAUUCCGGAGGUUAUGGAGGUCGACACAGUGCUGGAGGGUUCGGUGGUGGACACAGUGGAGGAGGAUUUGGCGGGAGCAAGGGCGGAGGAUUUGGAGGUGGUAAAGGCGGCGGUUUUGGCGGUGGUGGUUUUGGCAGUGCUGGGCAUUCGUUUUCCAAACAUCAUCGAAAACGAUCCAUUGAGGCCGGCCGUGACGAGGAUUGGAUACAACAUCUCCUGGAGGCCAGUAUCGAGGAUGAGAAUGAUUGUGACAAAAAAUUUGUGUGCGAAGUCAGCACUAAACCCAUGGAGGCCAUGGACUUCACAGAGCUGUUCAUCUACAAGGUGUUUGGCUCCCAUGGAACGGAUAUUGACGUCGAGGACAUGAGUGUGGAGUUCCAAUUGGCCCAUGCUGUGGGUCACGUGGCGGGCUUUGAUCAUUGUGAGGACAUCUAUGCCCGUUGCAACUUAUCGUACGAAGAUAUUUUGGUGUCCAUGAAGCAGAGAUUUGAACGCGAGGAAUCGAAUGAAAAUGACCUUAAAGAACCUUAAUACUUCUUUUCUAAUCAUCCGACGUCUAAACACAAAUAGUGUUGUGAUUUAAAGAAAAAAGCUGUCUGAGAAUAAUGGGCCCAUGGAUCACUCAACACAUUCUAAAUCAAUGAAUUUGUCUUUUUCGGAAGGGAAUCAAAAACAAUCCCAAAAUUGCCCUUUAUUGGAGACGCCUCGAUGAUGAAUACCGUAUUUCCUGACAUUUGUAUGUACGUGGGAAAUAUUGCCGUGCAAUUGAAUUAAACAAAGGAUUAAUUGGA